ACAUACAAGCUAGGGCUUGUCUAUCGGUUAUGCAUGCACGGCUAAAAACAUCAUGCAAAACCUAGCGUGUAUCGCCUCCUUUACUUUACAUCACGUCGCGACAUGUCAAAACUAGCCACUACUACUCACUAGACAAGUGACACUGACAGAAUCAGAUCAGACAGACAAAUAAAUUAUAUUUCACUUUCACAGUAAUUCACAGUUUCACACACUAUUUUUCUAAACAGCGUGUACUAUUUCAUGAAAUCGUGAUAUUUUAGAAAAUUAUUAAUUAAUUGAAUUAAUACCAGUCGUGAAAAAGAUAGUAUGCACUAACAAGCAGAUAAACUUGAAUGGGAUGGAAGAAUAAGAAAUACAAAAGAAUUAAAUUCCCUUUUGUAAACAAGUAAGUAAAACACAUUCAAGCCGCUAAAUUAUCUCAUUUUUAUAAGAAAUAACCAUUGAAUAAUUUUAUUACACGAAGAAUUGAACCUGUGAAGUUUUGAGAAAACGAAGUACUAAAAAUAACUUUAAAAAUGGAGUUAGAGAAUGAUCUAACCAGUAAGUUCUUGAGUGGUGAAAUGUCUUUUGCUGAAUAUUCCAAUGAAUGGUACAAUAUGGAUGACGAAGAAGACAUAGAUGAUGCAAGCAAAAGAAAUGACGAUGAACCUUUUGCUUUGUCCGGAAAAGGCAUGCAAAGGCGUCGUAAGUUUGCAAGGUUGCCACCAGGCCUUUUGGGGUUAAUGGGCGAAGCAAAUUUACGUUUUGUAAGAGGAGACAGAGACACAGCGGAGAAAAUGUGUCAUGAAAUAAUUAAGCAGUUUCCAACUGCCCCAGAGCCGUACCAAACUUUAGCACAAUUAUAUGAGCAUGAUAUUGAAAAAUCACUACAGUUUUCCUUACUAUCGGCUCAUCUGAGUCCUCCAGAUGCUGAAGAAUGGCUAAGACUUGCUGCCAUAUUUAAACAAAGAGAUGAUUGCAGGCAAGAGAUGAUUUGCUACACACAAGCAAUAGCAGAUGACCCACAUAAUUUUGAUAGUCAUCUGAAAAGAAUAGAACUUCUUGAUAAACUAGAAGCCAUAAAUUUUCCAAUUAAUACUUUACAUAUCACAAAGCUCAAGUGUUAUCAUAAGAUUGUAACUUCAUUGCCGGCUUCUGAAGGAGAAACCAUAAUGAAAUAUGCCAAACUGGCUGUGACACAAUAUCAUAAUAAUAAUGAAAUGGAGCGAGCACUUGCUGUGAUGUCUUCAGCUUAUAAAAAGUGCCCAACUUUGUUCAAUUUAGAAGAUCUCAAUAUAUUUUUAGAGCUUCUCAUAGGACAGAAGCAAUUUCAAACAUGUAUUGAAAUAUUUGUUGCCAAUGUUGGAGUUGAAAUUGAAGCAGAAAUACAAACUGUUAAAAAUGCUGAUGGAGAUAUAGAGGAGCAAACUAACUACUUGAAUUGUACUAUUCCUGAUUCUUUGCCUAUAGAUUUAAAAAGUAAGCUGUUAGUCUGUUUCAUACAUCUUGGUGCUGUUAAUUUAGUUCAAACUUUGUUAACUGACUUUUUAAACAAUGAUGUGGAAAAUGCAGGAGACUUGUAUAUGGACAUAGAAGAAGCACUUUCUUCAACUGGACAGCAUGAAUUAGCCAUACAACUUUUAGAACCAUUAGUGAAGAACAAUAGCUUCGAUCUUGGAGCAGUGUGGCUAAAGCAUGCAGAAUGUCUGUACAUGCUCGGCAGAGAAACUGAUGCUAUUAAUUCAUUUUACAAAGUAUUAAUACAUGCACCACAACAUCCUGAUGCUCGAAGAAAGUUAUACUCCAUACUAGAGAAGAAAGGGCGUAUUGAUGAAGCUUUGCAAAUGUUAGAACAAGAUUUUAGGUAUGUAGUAAAUGCCAAUUUAUUAUAUGAACAAUGUUUGGCACUGAAAAAAUAUAAAAAAUGGUUAAAGUAUUUAGAGAAUGCUACUUUAUUCCCAAUUCUAAGACUGCUGCUGCCAAAACUAGAUAGUGAAAGGAGUGCUUAUAAUUUAAAAGAAAGCAAACUUGGCGUGUUACUUGUAAAAGUUCUAUCACUUUGCAAACAAUCUCGCGACGCGCAGAAGUUACUGAAUUACAGAUCAGUAAAUAACUCUCAGGACAGCGAUUUUCCUGGAGUUGCAUACUUUGUUUUUAAAAGUAGAAUGAAACCAAAAUCUGAGGACAUCACUGUUGGUGAUAUUAAUGGCAUCCUUGAUAACAUCGCCGCAGCUGAAGUUGGGAUGAAGGCGUCGGUUCUCGAUGAAACGUUCAGCCAAGUUAUAAAUAAAGUGACUGCAGACCAGAUGAAGUGGUUCCUCAGACUGAUACUCAAAGAGCUCAAAUUGGAAAUGGGGAGUAAUCGCAUAUUGGCUCUAUUUCACCCUGACGCUCCCGAAUAUUAUGAAACCUGUGGCCUAUUGUCCAAGGUGUGUGAAGAGCUCGGUGAGGGAGAUUCUCGUCCUUUGGAGCUGGGAAUAGAGAUGUUUCAUGCAAUUAGCCCGAUGCUGUCCGAACGACUCGACGUCAAGAAUAUCGCCAAGCAACUGUCCUCGAACAAAACUUAUCAGAUUGAGAACAAGUUUGACGGUGAAAGAUUUCAAAUACACAUGCUAAACGGAAAAUUUGAAUAUUUUUCGCGAAGAGGUUUUUCAUUCACCAAGAACUAUGGAGGCAGUUAUGAAUCUGGCCUGUUGACGCCUCAUUUAAAGGACACCUUCUCAUCUGAUGUUACCAGCUUUAUUCUAGACGGCGAAAUGAUGGGUUGGCAUAAACAAUACCAGUGCUUUGGGUGUAAAGGCAUGGCUUUCGACGUUAAGAAAAUAACAGAGAGUUCGAGGUUCCAAUCUUGUUUCUGCGCUUUCGAUAUUCUGUACUACAAUGGUAGAACAUUAGUUGGGCCUCCAGAGAAAGGAGGGUUGCCACUUAGAGAACGACUUCUUAUUUUGGACAAAGUGUUUACUGACAAAACUGGAGUCAUAAAACAUAGUGAUCGGAAGACAUUGUCUAAGGAGACCAUUUUCCCUGAGAUUUUGGAUGCUCUGAACAAGGCGAUAGAGAAUCAAGAUGAGGGCAUAGUGGUAAAAGAUGUGGAUUCGUACUACAUUCCCAAUCGACGCAAUGCUGGAUGGUACAAAAUUAAACCUGAGUAUACAGAAGGUGCCAUGAGUGACCUAGACCUUGUGAUUAUCGGGGCUGAUGAGGCUGAGAACAAGAGGCAAGGUCGCGCCAAGAGUUUCCACGUCGCCUGUAGCGAUGGAGCUAGCCCUGGUAAAAUGCCUGAGCGCUGGAUAUCAAUAGGUCGGGUAUCUACUGGCUUUACGUUUGACGAGCGAGAGACCCUAUGUGCCACAUUGGAACGCAACUGGACGUCCUCUAGACAGACACCAGCGCCAUCUAACUUGAGUUUCAGUAAAAAUAAACCUGACUUCUGGAUCCUACCUGAACAUUCCGUCGUAUUAACGGUUCGAGCGUCGGAGUUGGUCCGUGCAUCAGGCUUUGGUACGGACUACACGCUAAGGUUUCCACGCGUCACGAAAAUAAGAGACGAUAAACCCGUACAAGAUGUCAUGACACUAAUGGAGUUCCAAAAUCUUUGUGCUAACAAAGGACCGGUAGUAAAAUUGAGUACCAAUCAAAUAAAUGGGGAUGAAAUAGCCGAAGUGAAACCUCGAGCGAAGCGAAAGAUAGAGGCGCCGAAGGUCCCAGAGCAGUUCCAGAUCAGAUCUCGUGGUGAUGUCGAAGCCACUUCGAAGGCUCUUCUCGGAAGGAAGCUGUGCAUACUGUCCGAAGAUGUCGACUGUACUCGACAGGAACUCUGCAAGAUCAUUGAAACACACGGCGGGAAAGUUGUCGCUAAUGUCGGUCCGGACACAUGGUGCGGGGUAGCGGGUCAGCAAACCAGUCGUGUACGUAGUGUAAUUGAAUCACAACGCCUGGAUGUACUGAGCACCGCCUGGUUACGUUCCCUGCCCUCGGCUGAAGCACCCGUGCAGCCUCCACCGGUAGAUAUGCUGGCCAUCAAACCUGCCACGAGACUAACCCUCGCCAGACAUUAUGAUGCUUACGGAGACAGCUACACAGAACCAACUGACGAGGUAACUCUGAGGAAGGUGUUCGAUAAAAUGGAUGGUGAUGUACAAAUCUACCUCACACAUCAAGAGAUGCUGAACUUAGACAAGGAGAUAUUUGGGGACAACAAUCCGCACUCAUUCUUGCGUCCUUGCUCCAUACAUGUGACGGAGCUGGAAGGACUUAACGCUAUUCUAGCUUCGAUGUACGGAGCCAAUGUUCUUGAUACUCCGUCCACAGACUGCACACAUAUUGUAGUUCCAAGCAAUAUUGAAAAGACUGAACUAGAUAGUCUUAAAACGUAUAGCGCAAUGGUUGUAAGUGAAAACUGGCUUGAAGCUUGCUUUUCCGAAAAAAAAUUAGUGUCUGAAGCCGAAUUUCUUGUGUGACAAAGGUUUUAUUUGUUGUUAAAAGUAAAAUUUGUUAUAAAGGGGAGCUGAUAAACCUAAAUACUUCGGUGUAUCUGUCGGUGGUUAAGUUUCGGGUGGAAGCAAUAAGUUCGUCUAUUCGUGAAUUAUUUGAGAGUAGGUAACUUUAUUUUAGAAGGGUACUAAAGUGAUACUGCGAACAAGCAGGCAAUUUUUAUAUGUACAUAUUGUAUAUUAUUAUAAAUUAACGUCUAGUCUAGGUAAUAUUAUUCUAUUAAUAUU